AACAGGGGCGUAAAACUUCCUGUGCUGUAGAUCUGCAGCCUUUCCGUACAGACGGAAGAGGUGACGACUGUAAGAGGAACAUGUCUGCGUUUAUUUUAAGUGUAAAGAUCCAUCCUAUGACGGUUGUCGACCAGAGAACUAAUUUAGUGUUGGUAUAAAGUUGUUUGAGUGUGAGGGGACAGAAAUUUCCCCUCGGAUCAUCGGAUGACGAACUGCUCGCGCUAAACUUCCACGUGAGAGAUUAGCGAGUUCGCGGUUGUGUAAAACUACUAAUCUCUCACCAACCUGAUCUACAGGAGUCAUCACAGAUAUCGCCCUGAGACAGCAGGAAUUCUCAGUGGUUCCUCUGACAGCACUGGACGUGUUCACCGACCCGCAGUCUCUUCUUCAGGGCCUGAAAUCACUCGCGUUUGAAAGUGCGUCACAGAAAUAAGGGCCCAGAUCAGCGCCGAGUCAGUGGUAGAAAACAAACUGAUCAGAUCCAUCAUGAUUAAAACACAUACAUCAGGAGAUGAAGAUUUUUCUACAGAAUGCAGAUCUGUUCAUCAGAUGAGAUCAUAUCCAGAGUCCAGCUGUGUGUCUAUGAAGAGUGAUUGGUCUAUGGAUCGACCAGUGAAGUUUAACAGUGGAGAUUCACGGCCUGUUCUCAGAUCAGUUCAUCAGAAGAGAUCAGAAGCAGAGUCCAGCUGUGUGUCUAUGAAGAGUGAUGCGUCUAUGGAUCGACCAGUGAAGUUUAACAGUGGAGAUUCACGGACUGGUCUCAGAUCAGUUCAUCAGAAGAGAUCAGAAGCAGAGUUCAGCUGUGUGUCUAUGAAGAGUGACGAGUCUAUGGAUCCACCAAUGAAGUUUAACAAUGGAGAUUCACGGCCUGAUCUCAGCAAUGAGGUCCUCAACACAUUUAGAUCAAAUCUGAAGAGGAAGUUUGAGCGUCUGCAUGAGGGAACAGCAAUACAGGGAAACCCAACACUGCUGAAUGAGAUCUACACAGAGCUCUACAUCACAGAGAGUGAGAGUGGAGAGAUCAGUAAUGAGCAUGAGGUGAGACAGAUUGAGACACAAUCCAGGAGAACAGCAACAGAGGACACAGCCAUCAAAUGCAAUGACAUCUUUAGACGUUUACCUGGACAAGACAAAGCCAUCAGAACUGUGCUGACAAAGGGAGUCGCUGGCAUUGGAAAAACAGUCUCUGUGCAGAAGUUCAUCCUGGACUGGGCUGAAGGGAAAGAGAAUCAGGACGUCCAGUUCAUAUUUCCACUUCCUUUCAGAGAAAUCAACCUGAUGAAGGACAAAACACUCAGUCUUUCAGAUCUACUUCAUGUCUUUUUCCCUGAAACUAAAGAAAUGGAAAUAUCCAGUGCUGAAUAUAAAGUGUUGUUCAUCUUUGAUGGUCUGGAUGAGUGUCGUCUGUCUCUGGACUUUAAGAGUAAAGUGAAACUGUGUAAUAUAUCUGAAUCAGCCUCAGUGGAUGUACUGCUGACGAACCUGAUUGAGGGGAAUCUGCUUCCCUCUGCUCUCAUCUGGAUCACCUCCAGACCAGCAGCAGCUGAUCUCGUCCCCUCUGAGUGUGUCCAUCGAGUGACAGAGGUACGAGGAUUCAAUGAGCCACAGAAGCAGGAAUACUUCAGGAAGAGAAUCAGUGAUAAGAGAUUAGCUAAUAAAAUCAUCUCACACCUGAAGUCAUCAAGGAGCCUCUACAUCAUGUGCCACAUCCCAGUGUUCUGCUGGAUCUCAGCCACUGUUCUAGAGAAGAUGUUGAGUCGAGCAGAGAGUGGAGAGAUUCCCAAGACUCUCACUCAAAUGUACACACACUUCCUGAUCCUUCAGACCAACAUCAAACAUGAGAAGGACUAUGAGAAGAAGGUGACAGAUGAAGACAUGAUCCUCAAACUGGGGAAACUGGCUUUUCAGCAGCUGGUGAAAGGAAACCUGAUCUUCUAUGAGGAAGAUCUGAGAGAGUGUGGCAUUGAUGAGACAGAAGCAUCAGUGUACUCAGGAUUGUGCACUCAGAUCUUCAGAGAGGAGUUUGGCUUGUAUCAGGGGAAAGUCUUCAGCUUCGUUCAUCUGAGCAUUCAGGAACAUCUAGCAGCUCUACAUGAGCACCUCUCCUUGACCUUUAUAAUCAAGAACAUCAUUGAUCAAACCAAAGGAAAUAUUCUAUCUUCCUUAAACUGGAUGGGGUUAAUAUAUAAGCUGCAUCAGAGAGCUGUGGACGAGGCUUUACAGAGUAAGAAUGGACAUCUGGAUCUUUUCCUGCGUUUUCUUCUGGGUCUCUCACUGGAGUCCAAUCAGACUCUCUUACGAGAACUACUGACACAGACAGGAAUCUGCUCCUACAACAAAGAGGAAACAACUGAUUACAUCAAACAGAAGAUCAGAGAGAAUCUCUCUCCAGAGAAAUUCAUCAAUCUGUUUCACUGUCUGAAUGAACUGGGUGAUGAUUCACUGAUGCAGGAGAUGCAACGUUAUCUGAAAUCUGGAGAAAUAAGAAAAGCCAAACUCUCGUCUUCACAGUGGUCAGCUCUGGUUUAUGUGUUGCUGACAUCAGAGCAGAAGAUGGAUGUGUUUGAUCUGAAACCGUUUAUUGGAUCACAACAUACAGCAGAUGAAGUUCUUCAGUAUCUGUUACCUGUGGUUAAAGAAUCCAGAUCAGUUCGGCUGUGUGAAUGUAAUCUCACUGCUCAGUCUUGGGAGAGUUUGUCAUCAGCUCUACAAUCCUCAAACUCCCUCCUGAGAGAGUUGGAUCUGCGUAACAGUGACUUGCAGGACUUGAAGAGUCCAAACUGUCAACUGGAGAUACUGAGACUACUUCAAUGUAAUCUCACCGCUCAGUCUUGUGGGAGUUUGUCAUCAGCUCUACAAUCCUCAAACUCCCUCCUGAGAAAGUCGAAUCUGAGUAACAGUGACUUGCAGGAUUCUGGAGUGAAGCUGUUUUUUGAUGGACUGAAGAGUCCAAAUUGUCAGCUGGAGAUACUGAGACUAUGUGAAUGUAAUUUCACUGCUCAGUCUUGUGAGAGUUUGUCAUCAGCUCUACAAUCCUCAAACUCCCUCCUGAGAGAGUUGGAUCUGAGUAACAGUGACUUGCAGGAUUCUGGAGUGAAGCUGCUUUCUGAUGGACUGAAGAGUCCAAACUGUCAGCUGGAGAUACUGAGGUUGUCUGGUUGCAUGGUGACAGAGGAGGGAUGUGGUUAUUUGUCUUCAGCUCUGAGUUCAAACCCCUCACACCUGAGAGAGCUGGAUCUGAGCUACAAUCACCCAGGAGAUUCAGGAGUCAAAAUGCUCUCUGAAAAACUGGAGGAUCCAAACUGCACACUGGACAAACUCAAGUUUGAUAUUAUAAUCAGCCACGUGGAGGCACAAGCGGCGUACCGCCCACAUCAACGUAAACAAAGCAGGAGACUUCACUUCAUUGUUUAUCUCGGCUACUUGCAUCUUGUUACUGGAAGAAGACGCGCUGUGAGGAGUAAGAUUUAUAUUUCCCUCAGAGGAAGAGUGUGUUGCGACACAUGGCGAGAUCCACCGAAGGAUGAUCUGAUACCUGCAUCACAGAUGAAUGCUACAUGAAUUCCACAUGAAGAGUGCUGUACCAGCAUCAGAUGUUCAACUACACUGAUUUUUUUAUUGUAAAACAAUUUCCUGGACUACUUAUGAUGAGUUUUGUUUCUUAAAUCCAUGGAAAGAAGCAGCAAUCAAUUAAAUAUCAGGUAUAAUUUACUUGUUUCACUUGUUGAACAGAAUUCAGAAAACAGUUUUCAGGAAUGACACAAAGUCUGUUCACGUCUCUAUGGUUAGAUCGGUGUAGUCAAUAAUGUGCUUUUGACCUU